AUGGUUUUGUGGAGAGCUGCCGGCAUUAACUAUGUGCGAUAUUCGCAAAUUGCUGCCCAGGUGACGAGACUGUGUUCAAAGAAAAUGGUUUUGUGGAGAGCUGCCGGCAUUAACUAUGUGCGAUAUUCGCAAAUUGCUGCCCAGGUGACGAGACUGUGUUCAAAGAAGAAGGUGGAAGUCACGCCAAGGAAGUAUGGUGAUGGACCCACUCUGAAAAUAGCCGUCUGGGAAAAUGGGAAACCUGCCGAGAAGAAAUGA